GUGCUGAGUUACCCACCUCUACUUUUUUGUUAUUUAUUUACAUUUUACAAACAUUUGUUUUCACCAUGUCGGACGCGUAUGAUUUUGUGGCUAAAGGUAAAUUAAAACUUAAAAAUGACCACGAAACCAAGAAAAAGAAGAAAAGUAAACACAAACAUAGAGAUAAGGACAAGGAGCGUCAGAAGCAAUCAAUACAAGGUAGCAUAAAUGAGUCUUUGGAGGAAAAGAUUACCAACAGCUCCGCACCAAAGUUGACCAAGGCAGAACUAGCGUUCAAGCAGCAGCAGGAAAAAAUGCGCAACAAACGCAUAAUGGAAAGGGCGUCCACCACACAUAAGGAGCGCGUGGAAAAAUUCAAUGAACAUUUGGAUACACUAACGGAGCACUUUGAUAUUCCAAAAGUUUCCUGGACGAAGUAGUGCCACAUUUGUGCCCCUCGUGUGCCCAAUUUAGUAAAGAACAACAAAUUUUCAAAUCACAUGUAUUUUUAUUUGAGAGUUAAAAUAAAAUCCGGCACAUUGCAUAUUUUGCUAUUUAAAACAUC